UAGCUUUUAUCAGCCCGUGAGUCUCUCGCUCUAUGUUUUUAGAAUUACAAAACCAAAACCCAGAUAUCGGUAACCACACACGACCGGAGGACCCACACCACUUCACCACCCACUCCUCGCCGGCAUCUCUUAACAGUCGCUACUCAUUGCUGGAACGCCCCUGGACUUCGCUGUUCGCCAGUUCGCAAAUCCCUAAAUCGCUGAAACCUAGUUCGAAAAUCCCUAAAUCGCAAGGCCACUUCUGCCUGCUGCUACCGUGAAGUCAAGGCCACUAGUUAUCGUUUGAUUGGAAUCUGGGUAUCGAGUCGCCGGCCUUUCUCGCUGAGACGCUGACUUGUUGGACUGAUAAACUAAUUCUUUUUUGACAUUGAAGGCAAAAUGCAUAUAAAAGAGUUGGAAAUCGAUACAGAUGGUGUACCCAUUCAAGAUUUGAAAACCCCAAGAAUACCAGCUCUUUAUGGGGAAGUUGAAGGCCUAUGUAUUGAUGAUGAAAUUAAUGAUUUAGAUGAGGGUGAUGAUGAAGAACAAGUCCCUGUAACAUUGGGUUUUGCUGAAAAGCCUAAACAUAGCUGGUUGCUUAACCGUCAAUUGUUCCCUAGCAAGGCUGGUGGAGUUCCGGCUUGGCUGGAUCCUGUGAAUUUACCAACAGGAAAGGCUAGUCUAUGUGAUAUUUGCAGGGAACCUUUGCAGUUCUUACUUCAGGUUUAUGCUCCUAUCAAUGAGAAGGAAUCGACAUUUCAUCGAACUUUAUUUGCAUUUAUCUGCCCUUCCAUGACCUGUCUUCUCAGAGAUCAACAUGAGCAAUGGAAACGUGGACCACAAAAGCCAUCUCGGAGUGUGAAGGUCUUCCGCUAUCAACUUCCACACACUAAUACGUUUUACUCAAGUGAGCCGCCAAGAUAUGAUGGUACUGCCAGACCUUUGAGCGUUGGAGUUCCACUUUGUGCUUGGUGUGGCACAUGGAAGGGAGAUAAAUUAUGUAGUGGCUGCAAAAGUGCCCGUUACUGCUCAGAGAAACAUCAGGUAUUACAUUGGCGUGCAAAUCAUAAACUGAAAUGUCAACAGUCAAGUCUCCUCUUCAAGUCAUCUAAUGAUGUCUCUCCAAGUGAGAUCUUUGAAGUAGCAAGCAAAACCCUCUGGCCUGAGUUUGAGAUCAUAAAUGAGGAUGAAAGUGAAUAUUCAAUUACUGAUACCGAUGAACAUUCCGAGUCAUUAAUUACAAGGCAACAAAUCGAUGAAUCAGUCAACUCAAUCAUGGAAAAUUUUGAGGGUGAUGAUGAUCGACAGAGCUGGGCAACAUUUCAAGAGCACAUUGCCAAAGCCCCUGAGCAAAUUUUGAGAUAUUCAAGAGACGAAAAGGCCAAACCAUUGUGGCCUACAUCAAGUGGCCGACCAUCCAAAGCCGAUAUACCCAAUUGCUCAUCUUGUAAUGGUCCAGUGAAAUUUGAGUUUCAGAUCUUGCCUCAACUGCUUUACUACUUUGAUGUGGAAAAUGAUGUGAACUCACUCGACUGGGCAACAAUCGUGGUGUACACUUGUGUAGACUCGUGCGAAGGAAGCUUGCCGUGCAAAGAAGAGUUUGUUUGGGUUCAACUUAACUCGCAGUCUUCCGUAGGCACUUGAUUAUCGAAGUUCAUCUGCAUAUGCUCAUCGGUACCUGUUUUAAACAAUUUUGUCUCGUCUACUAUUGUUAAGUUAUUUGGACUGAUUCUUAGGUGUAUUUGAAUCGAGUCUAAAAAAGAAUUUUGGAGUGGGUUUAAUCAAAAAGUGUACCAGUUUGGAAUGAGUCAUAAAUUUUGUUAGUUUGAGUUGUGUAAUAGAUUUUGUUAGGGAUAGAUGGGUGUCUUAGACGAUGACUACCUAAGUAACUUAUGUAGGUGUCAUGAUCUCAUCUAUUAAUUAAUAUGUUUAUCAAUUUGUAUUGCUUAAUUUGUUGAAUAUAUUAUAUUUCCACGUGUUUCAGUCAAA